AUGCGUUUAUUUAUCGUUCGCGUUGUCAUAUUGUCUUCGCUCGAUGCUGCUGUGGCAGCCGGCAUCCCGAACAUCCGGUGGUUCGGCGUGGAGGGCGACUACAAUGUCAUGGUCAUCGACCUGCUCGGGCCCAGCCUCGAGGACCUUUUCAACUUCUGCGCCAGGAAGUUCUCGCUCAAGACCGUGCUCAUGCUCGCAGACCAGCUGAUCAACCGAGUGGAGUACGUGCACUCAAAGAGCUUCCUGCAUCGCGAUAUCAAGCCGGAUAAUUUCCUCAUGGGGCUGGGCAGGCGCGCGAACCAGGUGUACAUCAUCGACUUCGGGCUCGCUAAGAAGUACCGCGACCCCACCACGCACCAGCACAUCCCCUACAGAGAGAACAAGAACCUGACGGGCACGGCUCGCUACGCCAGCAUCAACACACAUCUCGGCAUCGAGCAAAGCCGGAGGGACGACCUGGAGUCAUUGGGCUACGUGCUCAUGUACUUUCUUCGAGGAAGCUUGCCAUGGCAGGGUCUGAAGGCGGGUACCAAGAAGCAGAAGUAUGAGAAGAUUAGCGAGAAGAAAAUGUCCACGCCCAUCGAGGUCCUUUGCAAGGGCUAUCCCACGGAGCUGGCGUCUUACUUCCACUACUGCCGCUCGCUGCGCUUCGAUGACAAGCCCGACUAUGCGUACCUCAAGCGCCUCUUCCGUGACCUCUUCAUUCGCGAAGGGUUCCAGUUUGACUACGUGUUUGACUGGACCAUUCUCAAGUACCAGCAGUCGCAGGCCUCCGUCGCCCCGACCCGCAUGAUGGGUGCAAAUGCGGCAGCUGCAGCACCAUCUCCCGCUGCCAAUGCACCAGACGCGGACUUGGCUCGCCGCAGGUCCCCCAUGGAGAGCCCGCGGCACCGGAGCCCAAUGCCUCAUGCUGACGAGGAGGCGGAGGCGGAGCGCCAUGCAUACGCGCGGACGGGCAGCGGGUCAGGGGCGCGCAGAGCGCCUGCUGCUGGUGGGAUAGCGCCCGCACAGGCAGCAGCAGCGGGAGCAGGGGGCGUGCGGGGGAGCACACCGGACGCACUGGACAGCAAGCGAGGGCUGGGACUCACGAAUGCGCUGUCAGGGAUUCGCUCAGGGUCACGCGUUCGCACUGGGGGCGUGCGGGGGAGCACAACGGACGCGCUGGAUAGCAAGCGAGGGCUGGGACUGACUAACGCACUGUCAGGGAUUCGCUCGGGGUCACGCGUUCGCACUGGUGAGAUUCAAUCGAUGGCUUUGGGUCUCGGGUCAGGGGAGCGGGCAUGUGUGGCAGUGGUAGGCAGGAGGAUCGCACCUGCCUGUUUAUGUGAUGGGAUAGCCAGAGGCGUGUAG